AUGCGAAGAUCCACACCAUUUUUCCGCACAUGAUCGAAUGAAAUUAUCCAAAUAGGUUAGCAGCUGCUAAAGACUAAGCACGUAGCGGCUACUGCUAGGCGUGGAGAUCAGUGCAAGAGAUUAGCGGCAUACAUGUACAAACAGUUGCACUGGCUUUCAAGUUUUCAACCUGCUUUGAACCGCUCUUGUCUUUGAACUGCUCUUGUCUUUGAAUCGUGAGCUAUUAGCACUCGGUGAGCUCGUAAGGAAUUUGUUCGUUCCGAUAUUCUGGUAAAGAACAAGCCCAAAUCCAUUCCGGCCACAGGGCUUUCAGUGCACGCUGCAUCCAGCCAGGGAGGGACACGUACAAUAUGGGUGGCCGACACAAGCUGAUGUUGAAGCCGCUGAUUGUGGCUGUGGUGUGCUUCGUGAGUGUGGUCGUCCCGACACUUGGAGAGCUUGCACUUGAUAAUCUUCGAGUUCAAGGUUCAUCGCAUGCACUCUUGGACGGAGCAGACUGGAUUGCAACUCACGAGACGCCAGGACCCUGGUCUCGGGUCUGUGACUACCAGGAAGGUAUUGAUUACAAUCACGGCGAACAGCAGGAGGGUAGUGCCUACGCCAGCAACCAGUCCGAAUGCUGUAGACUGUGUGCUGAGCGGACACCGGUGUGUGCUGCGGGCGUUUUCUCUCAGAACCGCUGCUGGUUCAAGAGUCCCGCCGAUAUAGACAAGCCUGGCCAGUUUGCCGGUGCAGUUGCGUGCAAGCGGACACGCAAUGAAUCUGGAGAAAUUCUCACAGUACCCAACUGUGCUGUACCUGGUGAUCUGAUCACGGAUUUGGAGAAUGGCGGGUUGAUCGGCGAUCCGUGGUACGAGAUGAAUUUCAAGAAUGAUUCGCUGUGGGCGUACGGCGUAUGGAACUACACGAAGAGAAUCAACUUCACUGAAGAGGAUGUAAAGAACAUCGCUGGCUACACCAGUGCUGGUAGUGAUGUGAUUCUGCAGUUUGACGGUAUCAAGAUGGGAGCGAGGAUCUAUUUGAAUGGACAGCUACUGGGAAUCACCACCGAUCAGUUUCUGCGCUACAACUACUCGUUAGGCCAGGCAAUGCGAGACACAGGAUUGAGUGUCAGUGCAGGCGACAGCAAUGCAUUGCUUGUGUCUCUUGACUCGGAUAUAAAUACCAAUGGCCGGUUCAUGGCAUGUACGGGCGGCUGGGACUGGGCACCGUAUAGCAUGUCAUCUGGACCGGGAUACCACACAUUCUCACGUGGAAUAUGGAGGAGUGUGUACCUGGUGACGGUGGCCGCAGGGAGCGUGGCCAUUGAACACAUUGUACCGCAGAUAUUCUACACCGGUGCAUACCCGACCGAGCCGUUGGUGGCUCAUGAGCACGCCGACUUCAAAGUGGAUGUGACCGUGCUCUUCAAUGUACCACGGGCUAGUGAUGGUACACUGCAGGUACGUGGACAGUGGGGCAUGCAGACAUCGGUCACGGUUAAUGUCUCGUUGCCAGCGGGCAGUGACGUUCGUCAAACUGUGACCCUUACGGCAUCAGCUAAAGACAUUUCCCUGUGGUGGCCUGCCGGUUUAGGCAAUCAGACACUGUAUCUUCUCAAUGUAUCCUUCACACCGAAAGGUUCAAAUGAAGCUGUCACCGACGGAAGAAGCAUCGGAUUCCGCUAUGUUGCCCUGGUAACAGGAAAUGACACAGACCCAGGUUACGUGAAGAAUGCGUCCACGUCACAAACCACCGGUCAGCAAGGAAUGUUCUUCAGGGUGAACGGUGCAGCCGUCUUUAACCGCGGCGCCAACAUGAUUCCAAUGGAGGAGCUGGAGGGGCGUAUGAAUCCAGUGGCGUUCUCCCGUCUGGUCCAGAGUGCCGUUGAUGGUCGUAUGAACAUGUUACGUGUGUGGGGUGGUGGUAUAUUCCUACCCGACAUCUGGUACGAUGAGUGUGAUCGCCUUGGUAUCAUGGUCUAUCAUGAUAUGAUGUAUGCCCAGCAAGGACAUUCCCCCGUCGAAGACAGCACCAACGAGAACGAGUUGCGCUAUCAGAUCCGGCGCCUGGCCUUUCACCCCAGCAUCAUCGUGUGGGAUGGAUGUAAUGAAUGUCGCGUGAACAUGAGGGCACCCACGGCUAUCUAUGUCACGUUUGUACUGAGAGUGGUGGCAGAAGAGGACAAAUCUCGUCCAGUCUGGCCAUCAUGCCCGGCCGCAGGUUGGCAGUCGGGAGUUCAUGCUCUUGACUCAUCGCCGACAGGAGCAGCUCUCAUCACCCCAUCGUCACACCGUACCAUCGAAACACAUGGACCAUACCUGAUUGGCAGUGGCUUCAUCACUACUAACAGCGGUGCCAAGAUGCAGAUAAUUCCUUCCGGGAUUCCGGCUACGUUCCGCAAAGCCAUCACGGGAGUGGAUCAGCCGAACAUCUUUGCGUCGGAGUUUGGCUGUUCGGUGUUCAGCUCGUUUGAGUCGAUGUCUUCUAAUCUGUCCCCAAAGCACUGGGGAAUCCAUGGUGGAAUGUCACCGGAGAACUGUACCCGCACAGUGUGUGUAGGCAAGAACCCAAUGAGCGAACGCAACCACCCCUGUGACUCUGUUAUCUACCCAUACUUCAACUCAAAUGACACGUUCAACGACGUCGGCGAGAUCGCUUUCAAGAAGCAACUCUAUCAGUGCAUGAUUGGGCAGGCAUUGAACAUGAAGACAACUAUCGAGAUGCGCCGCUCCACCAACCAGUUUGGCAUAGUCGUGUGGCAGUACAAUGAGAUUUGGCCUACUGGUGGUUGGGGUAGCAUAGAGUAUGGUACACCAAGACCAGGACAAGUCAUCGGUGGAAGAUGGAAACCUCUGCAUUACUUCUAUCGCCAGUCUAUCUUCACGGAUGUAACAGUUGCUUGUGGUGGUGAUGGCCUGUGUUAUGUCAAGAAUGACAUUGCUAAAGCGUUCAGCGGCACCUUGGUCAUUUCAGCCGUUGCAUUCGCAAACGCACAAGUGACAACGCUUGAAAGUAAAACAUUGAGUCUGGCUACUGGACCUGGUGUCACCGAGUGGAUUCAAGUGGACUUCUCCAAGAUCAACCCUGCUGAUCAAGUCAUCACAGCCACCAUUACCAAUGCUGACAAGGAAGUAGUGUGUAAUAAUGUUAUUCCACUGACUGAGCCGUACAAGAUGAAGUUACUCCAAGCUAUCGUGAAGGUGUCGGUAGGUUCCAAGAAUCCUGGAGGCAGUGUUGAUAUUCAUCUUACAACAGAUCAUGUAGCUAUGUAUGUAACUGUAACUACAUUGGCUGCUGGUCGCUUCAGUCACAAUGCUCUUCUUCUCCUUCCCGCCGGCAAAACAGUUCAGUUCCUGCCAUUCAGUGACACGGUUGAUAUGUCUUUGCUUCAGUCUUCCAUUCGGGUGGAAGACAUCUCGCUUUAUAUGUGAAUACGUGUACGUGAUUGACAUUGCUCUGUCUCUCGCUUCAGUUUGGAUAUCAGUUGCAGUUAGAACAAUAGAUAAAUUCACAUCAGGUGCAUCAUCGGAUCUAUUCGAGUCUUCACAUUUGAUCUGUGUCCUUCAUUCAUCUUUUUAUCAAUUUAUGCGUUUCUGACCAUGCAGAUUGUGUUGCGACACUCUUGUAUUGUAUUGUAUUUACAUUUAUAUUCAUGGAUUCUCCACAGGCCUUGGCCUAGAUCAACGGUGUCUCCGUCAACAGUUCAUGAAGAGGAAUAGGGCGGCUUUAUCAGGUGUGCAUGGCAGCUUUCCUUGAGAGCUGGAGAA